AAUCCCGGGGCCGCCGCGAGUGGUUCCAGUUCACUGGUUCCAGCGGAGCCGGGCGGAGGGCGCGAGCGCGGGACGCGCGGGCGGGAAGCGAGGAGGCGUGGGCGGGCCGGCAGGAGUGCGGAGCGCACCGGCGCGAGCGGCCGACAGGGCUCGGGCCCCACACCUUGCAGCCGCCCGUGAACUUGCUGAUCUGCUUCUGGGGCCACCACCAUGUCGAGCCGUGGUGGGAAGAAGAAAUCUACCAAGACCUCUCGGUCAGCCAAGGCAGGAGUCAUCUUCCCCGUGGGCCGGAUGCUGCGGUACAUCAAGAAAGGCCACCCAAAAUACCGGAUCGGCGUGGGGGCACCUGUGUACAUGGCUGCCGUCCUGGAAUACCUGACAGCCGAGAUCCUGGAGCUGGCCGGUAAUGCAGCAAGAGACAAUAAGAAGGGGCGGGUCACUCCCCGGCACAUCCUGUUAGCUGUGGCCAAUGACGAGGAGCUAAACCAGCUGCUCAAAGGUGUCACCAUAGCCAGUGGGGGCGUGUUGCCGAAUAUCCACCCUGAGCUGCUAGCGAAGAAGCGAGGAUCCAAGGGGAAGUUGGAGGCCAUCAUCACUCCUCCGCCGGCCAAAAAGGCCAAGUCUCCAUCCCAGAAGAAGCCAGUGGCUAAGAAAACAGGGAGCAAGAAGGGUGCCCGGAAGUCUAAGAAGAAGCAGGGAGAAGUCAGCAAGGCAGCCAGCGCAGACAGUACAACGGAGGGCACACCUGCAGAUGGCUUCACCGUCCUCUCCACUAAGAGCCUCUUCCUCGGCCAGAAGCUGAACCUUAUUCACAGUGAAAUCAGUAAUUUAGCCGGCUUUGAGGUGGAGGCCAUAAUCAAUCCUACCAAUGCUGACAUUGACCUUAAAGAUGACCUAGGAAACACGCUGGAGAAGAAGGGUGGCAAGGACUUCGUAGAAGCUGUUCUGGAACUUCGGAAAAAGAACGGGCCCUUGGAAGUAGCUGGAGCCGCUGUUAGUGCAGGCCACGGCCUGCCCGCCAAGUUUGUGAUUCACUGUAAUAGUCCAGUCUGGGGUGCAGACAAGUGUGAAGAACUUCUGGAAAAGACGGUGAAAAACUGCUUGGCCCUAGCUGAUGACCGGAAGCUGAAAUCCAUCGCCUUUCCGUCCAUUGGCAGUGGCAGGAAUGGGUUCCCGAAGCAGACAGCGGCCCAGCUCAUUCUGAAGGCCAUCUCCAAUUACUUCGUGUCCACCAUGUCAUCCUCCAUCAAAACCGUGUACUUUGUGCUCUUCGACAGUGAGAGCAUAGGGAUCUAUGUGCAGGAAAUGGCCAAGCUGGAUGCCAACUAGGCCAGUGAUCCCCAGAGCCAGCACAGACCGUGUCCCCUGCCUCCAACUGGAAAGAGAGAGAGAGAAAACAAAGCCCUUUGCUCUUACUGGGAGGUGGGACUCUUUCCUUUUCGGUUUCCUUCAUCUAGGGAAAAUGAGGUUUUGGUUUCCAGUUUGAUUGUUUUGGCCUUCAAAAAUGUUUUCUGUUAGCACUGAUAGUCGGCAUUGUCCUCGUUAAGCACUGUGUCCCAGACCGUGUCUGACUUAGUUAACCUAGCGGAUUUUAUAGUUUUACUUUAAUGAAGUCCUGAUUAACACAGAGCGCUGGGGAGGACAGUCCCUCUCCUGUGUCCCAGCAGCAGGAAGCCCCAUUUGUAACGUGUGUUGUGACGCUUUACUGUACACCCAGUGGCGUUCUUUUUACUAUAAUGUUUUUCCCCCCUCAGAAGAAAAAAAAAUCAUAAAAUUUACAACAGACCUAACUUUUGUUUACUUUUUGUCUUAAUGAUAGAUUUGAAAAUGAGAAAUGUUAAAGACAGAACAGAAUCUGUUGUCCUUAAUUAUAUUUGCAAUCUGAAA